AUGUCCACCAUUUCCUCGCCACGACCGUCAAUUGCCUCGUCCCGUGCUCGGUCACCCACACCGGCCUCAUCCAGGCCGUCUCUGGAUGCGUUGAACACCAACGUUGGGGGGGCUCAGCACCUCCUCCACUCCCUCCACCGCACGCGCGCUCUCCGGGACUACUAUAAUCUCAAGCCGCCGGGUGCAGACUCGCCGGCUACAGAUCGUCGGUCACGGAGUGUGCCACGAACUACGGACGCUGGUGAUAUAUCGAACCCUACGAGCCUUCCGUUAGGAACCGAACUUGACAAUGCCGAUUUCGAUCCCCAGCGGUAUGUCGAUCACCUCCUGUCUACAUCCUCGCUGUCUACGAUUUUAAAGGCCGAGAACACACUUGUGGGAGAUAUCCGUACCCUCGACGGAGAGCGCAAAGCUCUGGUGUACGAUAAUUAUUCGAAGUUGAUUCGGGCCGUAGAGACAAUUGGGAAGAUGCGCCGGAGCAUGGACGAGCGUGGCGCGCCGUUGACCAUGACAAAGACUCUUGGUCCGGCGAUUUCUUUCGUCGCGGAGACUGCUGGCAGUCUCAUCAAAGAAGGAGAGGAGCAACGGAAGCGAAUAAAGGAGGCUCAAUGCGACGACGCGGAGUCGAAGAAACAAGCUGAGAAGGACACUGUGAGGUGGGUGCUCGCGGCACCCGACAGGCUGCAGAAGCUCAUCUCUGAAGAGCGGACGGAGGACGCGGAGAAAGACUGGAAUGAUGUCAGAAGGUUACUUGACGCAUGGAGUCAGGUCAAAGGUGUUGCAGAGGUUCGCUCGGCCUGCGAGAAAGUCAUGAACAAGAACGACCGGGAGGAGCCGGAGGUUCAAAUAUGA